AUAAGACAGUGGCUCGGUCCCAGGGGACUGUUGUGGGGAGGUUGGGAAAUUGAAGAACACCCUGGUUCUUCCAUCAUGUCGGCCAAGAGGGGAGAACUGAAGAAAACCAACCCGAAAAAGAACUACAAGGAGGUUUGCUUGGAGCUGACACAAACAGAUGAUCACAAAGGACUUAAACAAGAAGGGCUAGUCAUCAAAAAAGGGAUGACGCAGGAGCUGAAGAAUGAACUCAGGGAGGUGAGAGAAGAACUCAAGGGAAAGAUGGAAGAGAUAAAGCAGAUAAAGGAUAUAAUGGACAAAGAUUUUGAUAAGCUUCAUGAAUUUGUGGAAAUUAUGAAGGAAAUGCAGAAGGAUAUGGAUGAGAAGAUGGAUGUUUUAAUGAUCAUACAGAAGAACAACAAGCUUCCCCUUCAAAAACAACCAAAGGAGCAGCAGGAACUCGGGCAGAUAGGAAAGACGGACAAAGAUCCCCAGCUCAGACCCAAGAAAAUGGAAGAACCCGAUAGAGCAGCAUUGACUAGCGAUAAGAUGAUGACGUCACAAAAAACAAAGGAUAAUUCACCGGAUCCCCUUCAUUCGUGUCAGAGUUGCUGCGAGAAAUGUUUGUUGUGUGCCCUAAAGAACAACUGCCAUCGGGGCAGGAGACCUUCACACCACGCCUGGGCGCCCUUUUCACCUUUGUCAUCUGGAGCUGCUUUCUGAUUUAUCUGUACUUCACCCCCGAUGAGAUGGAGUAUGUGCUUCCAACCUAGUCCAGCCAUGGAGCCCCCCAGCAGCUCUGGCUCAUCCUCUGAGCUGCAAGGCAGUGUUUUCUGCCCUCUUAAGCACCCCAUCCUCACCCACCCAGGCUUCCACCUGGAGAUUAAAGACUUUCAUUUGAAGUCCAAA